GAGUCGUCAUCCGGCGCAUUGGCAAUGGAGUCGCUGGUCAUGGUCUCACGCUCCCUGACGAUGCUCGAGGCCGGCCAAGUGGGCGUGCUGGGCUUUGGCGCCGAUGUGUUUACGGCGCACGAGCUGACAGACCCCUUUGCUUCGGAUGCCGGUGCCAAGGUCCUGCAGCGAUUCUCAUUUGGCCAGGACAGGACGGAUAUCGCACUGCUGAUCCGACAGACGAUUGACACGUUCCGCACGGCACGACAGCGGUCCGGCGGGGGAUCAGACCUCUGGCAACUUGCGCUGAUACUCUCGGAUGGACUGACGCCCUCUUCGGCCCACGACUCCAUCCGACGCCUGCUCCGCGAGGCCAUGGAGGAGCGCAUCAUGAUUGUCUUCAUCAUCAUGGACGACACGGGCAAGAAGAAGGGAGACAGCGUGCUGGAGCUCAAGGAGGCCAAGUUUGUGAGCGAGGGGGGCGAGAGCAGAGUGGUGAUUGAGCGGUACCUGGACACGUUCCCGUUCCAGUAUUAUCUGAUUGUGCAUAAUUUGGAGGAGCUGCCAAGUGCGCUGGCGGGAUUGCUGCGCACAUGGUUUGCCGAGGUGGCAUCGUAAUAGGGUAUGGUAUAUAAAAGCACGGUAUAUGGAGUUUGGGCUGGGAUGGAUAGAUGGACAUGGAUUGUGUAUAGAAUUUUGUAUAUGCGAUGCAUUUUGGAGUUUUUAUAAAUAAAGAGUUUACAGAUUCACUAUUA